GGAUAUCCUGGUUAAUAAAAAAAUAAAAAAUGCAAAGAAGAAAGAGAUGAUCUGGUAGUGGAAUCAAUGAAGUUUGCAGUAGAAGGCUUCAACACCAUUUGGCGGCAAUACUCUCUCAAUCAAACUUUCAGUUUCAGGUUUUCAUCGUCUUCAAGAACCAAACCCUAAACUAAAACCCUUCCCAUUUCAUCUUCUUUUCUUUCAAAGAUGAUGCCUCCAUUCAUCCAUCUCCUCCUUCUCUUCUCCAUUAUCACCUUCAUUUGCGCAUCAUCUUCUUCACCCACUAAAAACCUAACCCUUCUUGGUUCUGCCCAUUUCAAGAAUAACUCCAUUAUCCUCACUCAACAACUCGCAACCUGCAACUCUCAUCCAAAUUCACCCACCGGAAGAGUUCUACAUUCUUACCCCAUUCGCUUCCUUCGUUCUUCAUCCAACGCCACCGCCACCGUCUCCUUCUCCACUCGUUUCUCUGCCACCAUCAUCCCAUCCCCUCCGCCAUGCCUUCCCGGCGAAGGUAUAGCCUUCCUCAUCGUUUCAGAUCCCAACUCUUUACCACAUUCCGAUGGGUAUUUAGGUUUACCCGAUUCCCCUCUUUUGGAUCCAUUCUUCGCCGUUGAGUUCGAUACCACUUUCAAUCAGGCUCUUGGUGAUAUCAACGAUAAUCAUGUCGGAGUUGAUGUGGGUUCCAUCAUUUCUGUCGCUUCAAUCGAUUUAAUGUCUAAAGGGAUUGAUUUGAAAAGUGGGAAAACGAUUACUGCUUGGAUUGAGUACAGAGACUCCGAAAAGAUCAUCCGGGUUUGGGUCCAUUACACCGAGACGAAGCCUGAAAACUCCAUUCUCGCCGUCCCUGUUGAUCUUUCCAAAAUCCUCAAAGAAUUUAUGUAUGUGGGCUUUUCUGCUUCUAAUGGAAGAGGCUCUGCAAUCCAUUCUAUCGAAAAAUUGCAGUUUCAUACCUUCGAAUCUCUAUCCCCAAAUAUGCAAUUGGAAACAGUCAGUUCAAGAAACUGCUUGAUUUGCUAUCCAGAAGAUCCGGGUUUAGAAGAAUCCGAAUUGGGAAUGCCGAAUAAACAUCAUAGAGACAAUCGACUCAUUGAAUUAGCUCUUGGAUUGGGAUGCCUCAUUGUUCUUCUCAUAAUUCUUGCUAGUUGUCUCAUGGUUUAUUGCAUCUGUUUAACAAAAAGAAGAACAAUCAAACAAAGAUGCAACGAACAAGGCCAAAUGUACAGGUUUCAGGGCACCAGAAUGCCGAAAAAGCUGAAAUUAACCGAGAUUAAAUCAGCCACAAAAGGGUUCGAUCAGAAUCGCAUCAUCGGUGAAGGGGCGUCUUCGAUUGUUUAUGAAGCAAAUCUUCCGUCUUGUGGGAAUGUGGCAGUGAAACGGUUUAGCAAAGUGAAUCAAUCGAGUUCGUUCGGUAACCAGUUUGCUACCGAGCUCGAAACAAUGGUGGGUUGUUUACGGCACAAAAACUUGGUGAAACUUCAGGGAUGGUGCUGCGAAGGGAACGAAUUGGUUCUGGUUUACGAGUAUAUGCCGAACGGUUCGCUCGAUCGGAUUCUGCAUCGGCGAAUGAACGUGAAUCGAUCGCUCACGUUCGAUAAACGGUUGAACAUUCUUCUUGGGGUUUCUUCUGCUCUCGUGUAUUUACACGAAGAAUGCGAAAGACAGAUCAUUCAUCGAGACGUUAAGACUUGUAACAUCAUGCUCGAUGCCGAAUUCAAUGCGAAAUUGGGCGAUUUUGGGUUGGCCGAGGUCUACGAGCACAGCUCAACGAGACGGGACGCCACUUUGCCAGCGGGUACGAUGGGGUAUUUGGCACCGGAAUACGUGUAUUCCGGUGUCCCGACUGUGAAAACGGAUGUGUAUAGUUUCGGGGUGGUGGUGCUGGAGGUGGCUUCAGGGCAGCGCCCGGUGAACGAGGACGGCGUGAUGGUGACGGAUUGGGUGUGGGAUUUGUGGGAGAAGAGGGUUUUGAUCGCGGCGGCAGACCCGAACCUGAUGGGAAAGUUUGAUAAGGUGGAUAUGGAGAGGAUGUUAAUGGCGGGUUUGAUCUGUGUGCAUCCGAAUCACCAGCGGCGGCCGACGAUGAAAGAGGCGGCACUGAUGCUACGAGGGAGACUGGUGGCGGAUUUGCCGGCGAGGAAGCCGGCGGUUAUGAUUCAGUCGGUGAGGUCGACGGAGAUGGUGGGGAGGAUUUGUGGGGAGGAUGCUGAAACGCCAUGGUCUACCCCCAGAACUCAUUUUAGUAGGGCAUAG